AUGAAAAGUGCUUACAAUGACAUUAAGACUAAAGGUUGUGCUGGUAUUCCCACCCGAUUUGUGGUCGUAUUAGUGGCCGCCAUCUCAAACACCCUGUCCUAUACUAUUAGAACUAAUAUGAGUGUCACUAUAGUGGCUAUGAUUAAUGGGACAGAACUGCGAGAGAUUAAUGACAAUAACUAUACAUAUUCUGUGGACCCGUCGGACACCUGUCCCUAUAAUAGUGAAGAACAAAAAAGUGAAGAUUCGAUGGGAGAAUUUACGUGGUCUGAAUCGAUGCAGGGUCACAUCUUGGGCAGUUUUUAUUACGGAUAUAUCGCUACUAAUAUUAAUGGUGGACAAAUGGCUGAUAGGUUUGGAGUGAGAUAUUUGUGUGGAUUUGUCACACUUUCGUCGGCUAUCCUGACAUGUCUUACACCCAUUGUCUCGUUUUGGAGUCCUAUCGCACUGAUUAUACUCAGGGUUAUUACAGGUCUAGCACAGGGUAUAUUAACGCCUGCUAUUUACGCACUUCUAGCCCAAUGGAUACCCCGUCACGAGAGGGGCGUUGUGUUGGCUCUCAUACAAGUCGGCGGUAACUUCGGCGCCGUCAUAGCAAUGCCUCUAUCGGGCUAUUUGUGUAAAAGUAGUUUUGCUGGCGGCUGGCCCUCAGUAUUCUACGUGAUUGGCAUUUGCGGG